AUGACAUUUCUGGGUCAGGGAAAACCUUGUCUCCUUCGCGGAUUGAGGCAAUUGUUUCCCUACCAACCGUUGACAAAAAAACAAAUGAUGUCAUUUUUAGGAAUGUGUUCCUACUGUCGUGUUUUCAUCCCAAAUUACGCGGAACUUGUUCAACCUUUAGGGGACGUGAUACACGGUAAGGGGCUGACUGCACACAAUUUGAUAACCUGGACUGUUGAGGCUGAGCAGGCCUUUGUAGAUCUUAAAAAGGCCUUUCAAAGUCCUCCAACCUUAGGUUUGCCUAACCCAAAUCUUAAUUUCACUCAGACAGUGGAUGAAUGCGUAGGAUGCAUGACGUCUGUUUUCCUGCAGCCGCAUGGAGACAGGUUAAGACCAGUGGCCUAUUUCUCUGCAAAACUCGAUCCAGUUGCAGCAGGCCUUCCGAUUUGUCUCAGGGCUGUAGCAGCAUCUGAAAGGGCCUUGGCGGCAUCACGUGACAUAGUAGGAUAUGCUCCACUCACACUGCUAGUCCCACAUGCUGUCUCUUUGAUCCUACUUGAACAAAAGGCUUCACAUUUAUCUGCAGCACAAUACCUACAUUAUCACACAGUACUUCUUGACAUGCCUAACGUAACAGUUAAACGUUGUACUGUGCUUAACCCUGCUUCUCUUAUGUCUACAUCAGAGGAGGGAGAACCGCAUGACUGUUUGGCAGAGCUGUUGCAAACAUGCACACCUCUCCCAGAUCUUUCGGAUACUCCCUUCGAGAAUCCAGACCUCAUUUUGUAUGUAGAUAGGACAGCCUCGCGCUGCCCACAAACAGGACAGGGACAGGUAGGCUUUGCUGUAGUUUCUGACACUGAAACUAUGAUUGCUAAAUCUCUCCCAAACCAUUUGUCUGCACAGGCUGCUGAGCUCAUUGCCCUCACGGAAGCAUGUAAGUUGGCUGAUGGCUCAUCUGUUACCAUCUUCACGGAUUCAAGGUAUGCUUUUGGAGUGGUGCACGACUUUGGUGCACUGUGGAAACACCGACAAUUUCUGAAAUCUGACGAUAACAGGUUUCAGCAGGUCUGCCUAAACCAGCUGAGGGACCACUGCAUAAGCUCCGGUCAAAAGCUUCAGGAGGAAGAACUGGCAGUCCAGCAAUGGGAAGGACCCUUCCAGAUCCUCCUGGUCACUCACACAGCAGUCAAGGUCGCAGAACGAUCCACGUGGGUGCACGCAACACACUGCAAACAGGUUCCGGACCCAGGAGAGGUGCCAGGUUCGCUAACACCUGCAACAAGUGACGAGCAGGUUCCCUGCUGAGUCACCUACAAGGGA